AUGCGACAAGCAAUGAUCGACAUUUUGUUGCAAUUUAUUUAUGAAUCAGAUCACCGGCAAAGUGGGAUCGGAGAGAUUCUUGAGAUUUGGGGAAGUAUAAUCAAUGGAUUUAUGGUGCCAUUGAAGGACGAACACAAGGUUUUUUUAUCUAGGGUUUUGAUUCCGUUGCAUAAGCCUAAGAGUAUGACGGGUUAUCAUCGGCAAUUGGCGUAUUGUGUGUCGCAGUUUGUGCAGAAAGAGGCGGAGCUUGGUGGCGUUGUGAUCGGAAAGAUUUUGAGGUAUUGGCCGGUGACGAAUUGUCAAAAGGAAGUGUUGUUGAUCGGAGAAAUUGAGGAGAUUGUAGAGAAUAUGGAUCGGCGGCAGUACUUGAAGGUGGCUCUUCCAUUGUGGUCACAAAUCGCAAAGUGCAUAAACAGUGACAAUUCACAGGUAGCUGAACGGGGUCUAUAUGUUUGGAACAACGAGCAGUUGAUGAAGGUGGUGUCAGAAGAUAUAGAGAUGGUUUUCCCAUAUAUAGUUGAAGCGUUAGAAAAGAACCUUACAUGCCAUUGGAGCAAAAACGUACAAGAAUUGACAGAAAAUGUGAAGAUCUUGCUUCAAGAACUCGACCCAAUUCUCUACAAGACAUGCGUUGAGAUGAUCAAGAUACGUGAACUCACAGCUCGGUUAGAAGAAAACACCAGGAGGAGGAAAUGGGAAAGGAUUGAAAUGGCAACAUUAGCAACAACCAAAAACUAGUCACAUGUUGCAAGUUAAGUUGUAUGUGUCCACUAGUUAUUCAGGGUUUACUAUUUAGCUUUUAACUUUUUCUUGUUUAUACUUUUUAUAAAAAAAAUUACUUGAUAAAUUUAUUAUUAUUUUUUUAAUAAGAGUUAUUUCUUCUUCUUCUUUUUUUCUAAAA